AUGUACUUUAUUUUCGUGUUUUUAUCAGUUAUCGGUAUUUGCAUUUUUGUGCCGAUAUUUUGUACAGUUUUCCCAAAAGCGGCCAUUCCCCUUAUAUAUCUCCACUGUUGUAAGCUCAAUUACCAUCAUUUCGUUAUUUUAGUUAGGCUUGGCUCAAGCCAAAAUUUUAGCGAUUUUUCUUCACACGGAAUAUUAGAUCAUGCUGCUUCAGACUUUUAUAUAAAAUCCGAUUUUGAUGGAACGCCGUUAGGAACAUGGCACAUUCGACCAAACGCGACCCAUGACUUGAAAUUUCAACAUUCGCAGAGAUAUUUGAACUUUGAUACUAUUUCGAAUGAAACCCCAAUUUUUUUAUACUUUCAUGGAAUGGGUUUCGAUCGCGCUCAUCCACACAGAGUGGAGGUCUACAAGCUUCUUUCUCGACUCGGAUAUCAUGUUAUGACUAUCGACUACCGGGGUUUCGGUAAUUCUGGUGGCUAUCCAGAGGGAGAAAUGGACGUAGUCGCCGACGCAAUCUCCCUACUGCGCUACGCUCGCAGUCUCGCACCACAUUCUCCAGUCUUUAUUUGGGGCAGCUCUCUUGGAACUGGCAUCGCUGGUUCGGUGGUGAAAGUGCUGAAUGAAACGAGUGACCUUCGGCCACCCGAGGGGAUUGUUCUGGAUGCACCAUUUACAAAUUUGGUGGCUGCUGCAUAUCAUUCACCUCAAGGAAAGGUGAGUUUGCCUCAGACUGAUUUAAACACUAGCAUAUAUGAUCCUACUUGA